AAUUCCAAAUUCUCAACGGUCAUAUCACCAUCCUCCUCCAAAACGCUCGUCUUCCACUUCCCUCUCAACCAACAUUUGAAUCCAAACUCUCUCUCUCUCUCUCUCUCUCUCUCUCUGAGUGAAGCAUGAGGCCCAAUCAGAGCACAGAGGCCACGGAGAGUCGGUUCCUGGGGACCAUAUCGACCUCGUCGAUUCGGAAACUCCUUCCCAGAUCCAUCUCCAAGCGCAAAUCCAACUUGUCAAACCCUAAACUCUCCAAUUCCAACGCCGAGAACACUCCGCCAGCCGAUCCGAACAUCCCGACCACCAAUAUCCAGGUCUCGCAUUCGGUGACCGAAUUGUCACCGUCCAAAUUGUCGGCUUCGGGGUACCAGAUCGCUAGCGAAGCUCCGGCGCCACCCGAUCUGCCAGUACAGGAUGAGAUUGAAGAAUCGGACAAUCAGUGUGAAUUAUUGGCACCUCUGGAGCCACCGGUAAAGGUUGUAGUGAGGAUCAGACCUGUUAAUGAGGGGGAUCGGACAGUAAAGAAGGUCUCUUCGGAUACAUUGUCUGUUGGGGAUCGGAAAUUUAUGUUCGAUUCAGUUAUUGAUUCCAAUGUGAAUCAGGAAGAUGUAUUCCAGUUAGUUGGAGUCCCUUUGGUGAAAAAUGCUUUAGCUGGUUACAACGCUUCGAUUUUGUCAUAUGGACAGACUGGAAGUGGAAAGACAUACACAAUGUGGGGUCCGCCAAGCGCCAUGGUUGAGGAUCCCUCAAGCAGUAGUCACCAGGGCAUUGUUCCUCGCAUCUUCCAAAUGUUAUUCUCCGAGAUUCAGAGAGAGCAACAGAACUCAGAAGGAAAACAAAUAAAUUAUCAGUGCCGUUGCUCUUUCCUUGAGAUAUAUAACGAACAAAUUGGGGAUUUACUAGACCCCACUCAGCGAAACCUUGAGAUAAGUGAUGAUGCAAAAAAUGGCUUGUAUGUUGAGAAUUUGACUGAGGAAUAUGUGACUAGCUUCGAGGAUGUAACUCAAAUCCUCAUCAAGGGACUUUCAAGUAGAAAAGUUGGAGCCACUAGCUUAAAUUCUAAGAGCUCGAGGUCCCAUAUUGUUUUUACUUUCAUCAUCGAGUCCUGGUGUAAGGGAACCUCGUCAAAGUGUUUCAAUAGUUCAAAAACAAGCAGAAUCAGCCUUGUUGAUCUUGCAGCACUUGAUAGAAAUAAAGUUGAUGAUGGGGGUAGACAAAUUGUAAGGGAAGGCAAACAUUUGAAGAAGUCCUUGUCACAACUUGGGCACUUGGUGAAUAUUCUUGCAAAAGGUGCUCAGUCUGGAAAUUCGGGAGAUAUUUCAUACAGAGGUUCCUGUUUAACACAUUUAUUGCGAGAAUCACUUGGUGGCAAUGCCAAACUCACAGUCAUUUGUGCCAUCUCCCCAGAAAACAAAAAUAGCAGUGAUACACUGAGAACUCUCAGAUUUGGACAGCGAGUAAAAUUUAUUAGAAAUGAGCCGGUAAUAAAUGAAAUUAGAGAGGACGAUGUUAAUGAUUUGAGUGAUCAAAUUCGUCAGUUGAAGGAGGAACUUAUACGAGCGAGGUCUAAUGAAUGUACAUCAGUGGGGAGCCAAAAUGGAUAUUUUCAAGGACGAAAUGUCUUGAAUCAAUUGAGAGUAAGCCUUAACCGUUCUUUGAUUCUAACCCCCACAGACAAUGAUUCUGAUGAAGAGGUAGUAAAUGUUGAUCAAGAUGAUGUUAGGGAACUUUGUCAGCAUCUAGAUAAGUUGCAUAGUUCUGAGGAGAGUAUUAGAGACACAUCUGUUAAUAGGGAUUCCAUCCAGUUUUAUUCAAUGGAGGAAAGCUGUGAGGCAGACCUGAUGAAUUCAGAAAGUGAAAUUGAAGAAAUCAGUAUGGCCAAUGAUGCUUCAGAAGAUAAUUUUGUGAGUGCUUUCAACACCUUAACAGAUGUUGAUCAUGCAUCCAGAAAGAGCAUUUCAAUUAGUUCGUGCUGUCAGUCCCCAAUUCUGCAAGACCCACCAUUGUCUGAGUCUCCGAAAAUUGGAAAUAUCCAAAGGAAAAGCAUGAAUAUGUCAAGUCAUUUAGCAAGUCACAACAGUGUGUCUGAAAGUUCUAAGUUCAACUUGGAUGUGUUAAGACAAUCACUUAAACAGAGUGAGAACAUCCGAUCUUCUUUGCGGUCAAGCAAGUCAUGUACAGGCCCCACUGAGACCUUGGCUGCUAGCCUUCACAGAGGCUUGCAGAUCAUUGACUAUCACCAGCGGAGCUCGGCACCAAAUAAAUCUUUGGUUUCCUUCUCCUUUGAGCACUUGACAUUGAAACCUUGUUCAGAAGUUGAUAAGGCCAAUGCUUCUAUUCAGACAAUACCAGAAGAGAAAUCAUCUUUAAAUGGACCAUCUGCUUCUUUCCUUUGUGCAUCUUGCCGACAAAGAAUAUCCGAGAAGGAUUCCAACGACGCCCAGGAUAGCUUGAAGACAUGGGUUUUAGCAGUCAAUGAGGCAGAGAAUCCUACCCAAGUGCCUAAUGAAACUGGGAAUGCUAUGAUAAAAUCAAUUAAGCGAGAGGAGCUUGAAAAUGUUUGCAUGGAGCAAGCUGCCAAAAUUGAGCAGUUGAAUCGACUGGUAGAGCAAUACAAACAUGAGAAGGAAGAAAUGCAUGCUCAAGAAAGCAGUACAUUUUGUCUUGAGGCUUCAAAGGAUGACAAGCUUGUGAGAUGCAAUUCUACUGAGAAUAAUCUGCCAGAGAUGAUAAAGGAAAAAUGUGAAGUAAAGGAAGUUGUGGAACCUGGGUUUGGGAGCAGAUAUUUUGAUCUGAAUGAGAAGGAAGCACUUCUUAAGGAAAUUGAAGGGUUAAAAAGCAAGUUGCAGUCAUAUUCUGAUGCUUCUCAUAACAAAUCUGUUGAAAAACUAAGAUCUUCUUUGUUGUCCCGAUCAAUCCAAUUACGAAAAAGUGGUGUAGAUCAUCUAGAUACUAAGGAAGAACUAGAGAGCGAAAGACAGAGAUGGACAGAAAUGGAGAGUGAUUGGAUUUCUUUAACUGAUGAACUGAGAAUUGACCUUGAAUCCCACCGCCGACGUGCAGAGAAGGUGGAGAUGGAGUUGACAUUAGAGAAGAGGUGCACUGAAGAGUUGGAUGAUGCACUUCACAGAUCAGUCCUUGGGCAUGCUAGAAUGAUCGAACACUAUGCUGAACUACAAGAUAAGUAUAAUGACUUGGUUGGAAAGCAUCGUGCAAUUAUGGAAGGGAUAGCGGAGGUGAAGAAGGCAGCUGCAAAGGCAGGGAAAAAAGGUCAUGGCUCUCGUUUUGCUAAAUCCCUUGCUGCAGAGCUUUCUGCGUUGAGGGUGGAGAGGGAGAGGGAGAGAGAAGCGUUGAAAAAGGAGAACAAGAGUCUUAGAAUUCAACUUAGAGACACUGCAGAAGCCGUUCAUGCAGCUGGAGAACUCCUUGUUAGGCUGAGAGAAGCUGAACAAGCUGCAUCAGUUUCAGAGGGGAACUUUGCAAAGGUUCAAGAAGACAACGAAAAGUUAAAGAAGCAAAUGGACAAGCUUAAAAGAAAACACAAGAUGGAGAUGAUCACCAUGAAGCAGUAUCUUGCAGAGAGCAAAUUGCCUGAAUCUGCAUUGCAACCACUAUAUCGCGAGGAUUCCGACAUAGCACACAACAACACAACAACCCCAUAUUCAGAUGAUGAUCAAGCAUGGAGAGCAGAAUUUGGAGCAAUAUAUCAAGAUCACUACUAAUAAUAUUCUCCUUUUGAAGUUAAAUUCAGCCACUGAGAGUUGGAGGUGGAUGUGCAUUGUUGUGUGAUGGGUGGGCUUGAGUCAGACCCUACUCGGGUCCAAUGAUUAUACACAAUUCAUUAAUGUAUGUUUGGUAUGCUAUUGAUUGAAUAUUUAUUCUUUACUCCUGAUUGUGGAUGCUUCUUUGGCUACUCAUGUUUGCAGCCUACUUGAUAGGAUUUCUUAAAUUUUUGUCAUUUAAAAACACAUUGCUGUGGUACCUACACCUUCAUC